AUGGAACCCCUCAUAGCUGUCGUCGGUGCCACGGGCACUGGCAAAUCCAAGCUUGCAGUUGACUUAGCAUCCCGCUUCAACGGUGAAAUCAUCAACGGCGAUGCAAUGCAAAUGUACCGCGGUCUCCCCAUCAUCACGAACCAGAUACCCGUCGAAGAAAGGAACGGCAUCCCGCACCAUCUACUGAGUUGUGUUGACCUGGAAGAGGAAUCCUGGCGUAUUGGGAUAUUCAAACGGGAGACACUCCGGUUGAUCAAGGAUAUCCAUUCGCGGGGGAAACUUCCGGUUCUUGUUGGAGGGACGCAUUACUAUACCCAGGCGGUGCUUUUCAAGGACCAAACUGUCGGCGAGAAUGCGGAAAUUGGCGCAGACCAAGAAGAACAGACAGCAGAGGAAUCCUCAGCGAAAUGGCCAAUCCUCGAUGGACCGACAGAGGUGGUUCUGCAGAAACUACGAGAGGUAGACCCGGCAAUGGCCGAUCGAUGGCAUCCGAACGAAACCCGCAAGAUCCGACGUUCCUUGGAAAUCUAUUUUCAGACGGGUAGACCAGCUUCGGAAAUAUACGCAGAGCAGAAACGCACCAAGGAAAUGGCAGCGACAGCAACCGCUUCCGGAUCGGAACAGCUGCGCUUUCCGACAAUGAUAUUCUGGGUUCAUGCGGAGAGGGAGGCGUUAAAUACUCGACUUGAGAAGCGCGUGGACGCCAUGGUUGAGCAGGGGCUGAUGUCCGAAGCCCAAAAAAUGUUCGAUUACAUUCAAGAGAAACAAGCGCAGGGAAUCACUGUCGACCAGGAAAGGGGCGUCUGGAUUUCAAUUGGCUUUAAGGAGUUGGCGCCGCAUUUCCAGGCUGUGCAGCAAGGAUCGUCUAGCGAAGAGGAACUGGAAGCCCUGAAGCAGUCGUCUAUUGAGGCUAUCAAGACCGCCACGCGUCAGUACUCAACUUCACAGGUUAAAUGGGUCCGGAACAAGCUAUGGAACACCCUCUCGGAAGCCGGAAUGACCCAUCGCCUAUUCCUUCUUGACACCAGCAACGUUGAAGAAUGGGAGCAAAACAUCAAAAAGCCAUCUGAGAGACUUGUUCAGUCUUUGCUCAACGACGAAUCGACCCCUGAUCCGAAGUCGCUUUCGGAGCUUGCAAGAAUAACUCUUAGCGCCAAAGAGGCAAAGGCAGCGAAGCAAAAGAACGGCUCAUUGAGGACCGUUACCUGUGAUGUCUGCAACAAGACUAUGACUACCGAACAGUGGGAUGUUCAUAUGAAUGGAUUCGCUCAUAGACGAGCGCUCAAACAUGCUGCGAAGAAAGCUGAGCAUGUUGAGUAUUUGCGGAAGAAGGAAUCUUUGGAUGAUACCCAAAAGCAGGGGGUUGGUAGCUAG